AUGGGUGGAUAUGGCAGCUAUGGUGGAUAUGGCGGAUACGGCGGCUACGGAGGCUACGGCGGCACAUACGCGUCGCCAUAUUCGCGGCUUGGUGGCUAUGGUGGCUACGGUGGUAUGGGAUAUGGUGGUAUGGGAUAUGGUGGUAUGGGGUAUGGUGGUAUGGGGUAUGGAGGCAUGGGGUAUGGAGGCAUGGGGUAUGGAGGCAUGGGCUACGGAGGGUUCGGAGGCAUGGGAUAUGGUCAACCUGGGGAGAACUCGCUUACACAACGUAUGGAAAGUGGCACACAGGCAACAUUUGAAUUGAUUUCCUCGAUUGUUGCCACGUUUGGAGGAUUCGCUCAAAUGUUAGAAUCGACGUUCAUGGCCACACAUUCCAGUUUCUUUGCGAUGGUCGGUGUGGCUGAUCAGUUUGCUCACCUUCGCAAUUACUUAGGCGAGGUUUUGAGUAUUUUCGCCUUGGCACGCCAAAUGAAGAACCUGUACCUCCGGAUGACCGGCCGCCCGCCCGUCGGUGGCAUUGAUGCGAAAGAAUUCGGCGACUUUCGCCGCAUCGGUGGCCCUGGAGCUAAGGCUCAGCGCAGUAAGCGUCCCCUUAUGAUUUUUUUCCUCGCUGUCAUUGGCCUGCCGUAUUUGAUGGGGAAGCUUGUCAAGUUGAUCGCAGCAAAGCAAGAUCAAGAGCGCAAUCGCAUUGCAAAACAAGCUGCAGAAGCUGGUACUGAUCUGCAAACGAUGCAAGAUGCGCAGGGCGGUAUCGGCCUUGACCCAAGCAAAUUGACCUUCGUCCGAGCUCGCUUCCCGUAUAAUGCGGCAGAUGGACUUGAGCUUUCCCUAAAGCAGAAUGAAAUUGUCGCUGUUCUCAGCAAAACGAACCCACAAACCGGCGAACAAAGCCAGUGGUGGCGUGGUCGGACCCGCGACGGACGCAUUGGCUGGUUCCCCAGCACGUACGUGGAAACCUUGGAACAGGCUCGUGAACGAGCUGCACGUGCAUCUCAACAAUCCAGGCCUGCAAUUGAGGCUGCACCAUCAUCCUCUCUCACGACCGAGGCAGUUUCGAAGCCUGUCGUCGAAAAAUCUUCAACCUCUGAGUAG